GGCGAUUCGCUGCCGAUCUCCCACUACUCGGCCAUGCCCUUCAUGGAUUUCCCCAAGGCUCUCGGGGGCCCGACCGCCGCGUCGGAGACGUCGCCGGCGCAGGCGGGCGAAGGGCCACGUCGCAGCUUGCGCUGGGGCGGAGUUUCGAUGGGCGAGCGGGAGGAGAUCGAGUACAGCCUGGAGACGGGCGACAACGUGCAGAGUUUCAGCAGUGCCUCGCAGGACGUGAAGCUCAUCACGCAGGUGCUGGAGAACAUCACCAACGGCUUCUACCUUGAUUCCAACGGGGGCGAUGGUGAGAAAAACAGCAACACCCUCUUGCUUGAGCUCACAGGCUGGCGUGGCCUGAUCUUAGAGCCCCGCGUGUACGAGUUUGUGACCUUGUGGGGCAAGUUCCGGAAGGCGUGGUUAUUUCUUGGGGCCAUGUCUCCGCACGAGAACGCUACGAAGAUCGGAUUCGACCAGGACGGCACGAUCGACAUGUUGAGCGGGCACAAGAUCCACGCCUACGCCUUGCCGAGAUUUCUCGAAGAGAUGGGCGGUCGGAGAAGCAUCGACUUCUGGAGCCUGAGCACUGGUGGGUACGAGGCGGAAGUCCUGAACGAGACCUUGCUUAACUCGGGGAAGAACAUUGAGAUCGGCGUCAUCCUGGUUAAGUUCGACGGCCGUCGCAGUGGCCGUGGCUAUCAGUCUUUUGUACAAGCUAGGUCCAGGGAUGCCACUGAAGAGCUCGUUUUUGAGAUCCUGCACAACGCCAGCUUCAAAUACAUCGGAGGUCUGGAUGCCUAUUGGAUAAAUCACGUCGAGCCGCGUUUCCACUACCAGGACGCUGUGUUCGUGAAUCCUACAUACUUCCAGAUACGGGACAUCCCGACGCCGCAAUCGGUCAAGGCUGCACCCCCUCCCCCGCUGAACUACCCCCUGGCCGAGCAGGACUGGCCUGGCUUCAGCACCUGGGACUCGGGCUACUCCGCCGACGAGGAGGUCGAGAGGAUCAUCGCAUACAUGGAGAAGGCGAAGCGGGACGCCACCGCAAAGGAGCCAGUGGCGAAGGCCCACCGCGUGGAGGAGUCGAGGCUGGAGGGCGUCGCGUAGGCGGCGGCCUCGCCGGUGCGGGGCGGCGCUUCGCCUCCGCCCGCUCGCGCACACGCGCGACCUGCGGCGACGUGCGCUCGCGGCCGCCGCCGAGGGCCCAGCAGGGCGCUGCGGCCGAGCCCGCGCGGGCACCUGUGCGCCUUGGCACCUGUGCGUCUUGGCACAGGUGCGCUCUCGGCACCGGCGCGCUUCCGGCACGGCUGCGCCCCUUGCCGGGGGCCCCCAAAACGGGGCGGUGACCACACCGUGUGGCGAGUCGGUGGGGCUUCGGGGCCACCGCACGGUUUUGGGGCUCGAGCCCCUCUCCGAGGACGUCUCGGGCGACUGGGGCAUCCGAGGUCCCAAAACCGUGCGUUGACGGACCGUGCGGUGAGGUCUUGGGGGAUUUCGAGGUCACCGCACGGUCUGCCACCACACCGUUUCGGGACUCCAAACCUGGAGCACCGGCGCGCUCCUCUUGCAGUGGCGCGGCCCUGCCGGGAGGGCGCUCCCGCCAGCACGGUGCAUUUUGGCACGGGCCUGGUCGGGAGCCCGAAGGGUCGCCGGCUCUCUGGCGUCUGGGCUGGGCAGCGCUCCCCUCGCUUUCGAGCCUCGUCUUCGUCCUGCUCGUCGUCGUCGUCGUCGUCGUCGGCGGCAGCGUCGGCGUCCGCGUCGGCGUCGUCUUUGGCGCCGUCGCCUUCGCCGUCGCCGUCG